UACCCUAAGUUCCCAUUUCACUCUCGGCGUCCCGCCACAGCUCUUUUUCUAGAGUUGUAUAUCACUAUCAACACCGUAUGGUUGUCAGUUUCACAACACAACCGGGGAUAAAAUCUCCCUGUGGAACCGCCUUCCUCCACCGUCCUCUCUCUCACGCUGCCUAAGAAAUCUUCCUCUUCCCUUGCCAUCGCUGGCUUAGCUACACAGCCUACACCCCGAGUUAAACUUCACAGUUCACACCAAAAUUGCAGAUCUGUCUCAUUCGGGUACAACCGACUAACCCACAACAAGCCAACAUCUCAACUUCUGAUUCAUCAUCCUUUCCAAAAUCGGUUUUCCUGAUACCAAAUGGUUGUGCAAGGAGCUGAGUGCAAAAAUUCAAAUCGGAUCAAAAUGCUUCAGAUGGAUUUGCCAGAUAUUUGUUUUGAUGAAAAUAUGGAUUUAGAGCUGGAAAUUGAGAUCAGAGAAGUCGUUAACGUGGAUGACAGGCCUGGAUUUGUUACCCUAAUGAAAUCCCUAUAUGGAGAACAAUUAGCAAGAAAGAGUCGAUUGCUGAAAGAUUCACCAGAGACUAUUUUUGCUACAUAUUGUCCACCCGAUAUUUUUGAUUGGGUCUGUAUAUAUGGUGCAGUAGAUUGCACCAAAGCUUUACUUGAAGGAGACCCUUUCAUAGUAGAUCCUAAUGUCCCCUUUAAAGUUGGAUUAUAUCCAUUGCACAUUGCCGCUGAAGAUUUCUCAUAUGAUAUGAUUGACUUGUUACUUCGCCACGGGGCUUGGACUGAUGUCAGCACCAUAGAAGGUGAAUACAAGGGUGACUUGCUGCCUCUUGAUAUAGCACUGCAAAUGUUAAGUUAUCAUCAAUACCUGUCUGAUUGGACUCCAAAGCAGUCUAUUUUCAAGUUGAUUGUUAUUCUUUCCCUGCCACAAAUGAAAGUACCAUUAGAAACCAAUAGGUUGCUUGCAUGGAACACAAAGGAUGUCAGUAAUAUAUUUUAUGAUUAUGCUAUGGAGGGAGAACUUAUUCCAAUGGCUGCUCUGCUGAUGGUGGCUCGAGAAAAGAUUAUGGCUCCGAGCACGCUGCAGAGCAAAGAUAGUACUGGUGUAGAAGGAGGCAUGAUGAUCCGACAAUGCAUCCUUAAAGAGAUUGCAUUACUAACUGACGAGGAGGUGGAAUUAAUGUGCAAUGUUAAAAAUUCUACUCAUAGUCUUGAGAAUAAGAAGGAAGUGAUGCAGAAGUCUCUGCCGUUGCCUACUCAUAGUCUUAAGGAUAAGAAGGAAGUGAUGAAAAUGGCUCUGCUGUUGCUUGAAGUUUUUGAUAGGGCUGGUGAUGCUAUUGAAACAUAUAGGCAGUCUGUACGAUAUCAUAUGUCAAAAGAAAAGGUGGUGAAAGACAUCAAAGCGCUGCUUCAAGAAUCGGGGAUUGUUGUGAAGGACAAAGACAUAGACUUGAGUGACAUAGACUGUGAAAGUGAAGAGAUCAUGCUGGCAACAGAAGUGUUAGAAAAGAGAACAUCAUUUAGGUCUCAAUUUCAGGAUCUCGGCAUGCCACUCCCCUCAUCGUCGUGCAGUUGGUGCCCGACAAAGAAUCGAGUUACCAACAAAAUUAAUGAGAAAAGGUGGGCUAUGUAUAAAUUUCUUCCAUUAGCAUCGCCUGUUUUAACACUGGCACGACCGGACUAUACAUUCGAGUUGACGGAUAAAUUCACAUCCGUGAUACCUUUUUAUCGGUUUCCAUUGACGAAGAAGAUGGGACCGGCGGCGAACAGAGCUAUGAAAAUUCCACCUUCAUUUUUUCUGACUCUAAAAGAUUUUGCAGCCUUUGGAUUAGCAAUCAAGAGAGGGUUAACGCGCAUAUGAUUUGCCUAAGCACCAUUUUCGAAGGUAAUUGUGGUAUCUUUCCUUCCCUUUUCGGGUUUAAGGGAACUCGUACAUCAAAUCAUUAACGUAGAACGUAUCCUUUGCAUUAGUUUUGUCAAAUUAGUUGAAGUUUGGGAAUUUGUACAACAGUAGAAGAUUUGCACAACAAUUGAAGUUUGGUUCUCAUGGUGUUUUUUUGUUAAUGACGUUCAUACAAGUAGAUUAGUUUUUCUUUA